CCUUCUCUUGGUUCUUGAUUCUUGGUUUUUGUUGUUUGGUUGAAAUCGCGACUCGUGCUUGUAGGUUAAUUUUGUUGCCUUCCGUGUCCCUGGUUCUCUCUCUGCCUCUCUCUCUCUCUCUCUCUCCUGUGACUACCUACCUUGCCACUGGACCUGUGUUGCUGCUGUUCUUGUCGGGGUGUUGGGAGUGAGAAAGAAAAGGCUUUGGGGAGGAGGAGAAGAAGAAGAAGAAGAAGAAGAAGAGAGAGCAACAAAGAGGACCACCAACCAGCCAGUCGACAAACACACACCCACACACAACCACAAAAUGUUUGGACGAAAGAAGAAAGUCGAAGAGGACCGGGGUAGUGAUGUUCUCGCGGGCUCCGAUUCCGAACAAACAGUUACGAACCAUCAUCACGACUUCGAACCGACCCCAACACAAAUCAAACGAGCGACUCGAACGCGAUUCAUCUGGGCCUUGAUUUCCUCUUUCCUCCUACUCCUAUCAGUAAUAUUUCUGAUUCUGGUCGAGGUGGGAAAUACGUCUGUCGGCAGCACCUUGAACAAGAUAUAUUUUCUCAAACUGGACAUUUCCAACAUUAUACCCGUGUCUGUGCCGAAUGCCGUUUUGAUCAACAGUAUUGCACAGUCGUUGGGUCUGCACGACUUUUAUACUGUUGGAUUAUGGAAUUAUUGUCAAGGAUAUAAUGGGCAGGGUACGACGAGUUGUUCCAAUACAGAGACACUAUAUUGGUUCAACCCGGUGGAAAUUAUUCAGAGUCAACUUCUCGCCGGCGCAACAAUCGCUCUCCCCGCCGACAUCAACUCCAUCCUCGACCUCAUCAAAACCGUCUCCAACUGGAUGUUCGGCCUCUUCCUCUCCGGCAUCUGCCUGGACUUCCUCGUCAUCUUCCUCCUCCCCCUCAGCGUCUUCACGCGCUGGCUCUCUCUCCCACUCGCGCUCAUCACCUUUCUCGCCGCGCUCCUCACAACCGUGGCAUCCGUGAUCGCGACAGUAAUGUUUAUUAUUAUGCGCAAUGUGAUUACGGGAGCGACGGAAUUGAAUAUUCGAGCGAAUAUUGGAACGCAAAUGUUUGUGUUUAUGUGGAUUGCGAGUGCGGCGAGUAUUUUUGCUUGGGGAAUUCAAAUGGGUAUGUGUUGUUGUUGUGCUAGUCGCAGGGAUGUUAGGAGGGGGAAGAAGAUGGGGAGUAAGAAGGCUUGGGUCGAUGGUGGGAGUCCUUUUGGUGGGAUGGGGAAGAAGGAGUAGUAGUUGUAGUAGAGAAGAGGAUGGUUUGAGAGAGGACAUAUUGUGAUUCUUUUCAUGUUUGGCAUAGCGAGUGGAUUUCCUCCAGCAAUGAGCAAGCACCUUCCAGUCUUUUUUUUUAAAUAAAAAAAAGGUCACGAAUUUUCUACGGCAGGGCAAUGUAUAAAGAGAGAGAAAUAUUCUAAUGGAUGAAAAUGACAAGAUACAUGUCUUAU